AUAUCUUCUUUUUUUCUUCCUGAUCCGAUAGAAAGAAGAUGGCUGGCAUAUUCAGAUAUCCUAGCAAAACAAUGGAUUUUGCAAUACAUGAUCUCUGGAAAAAUAACAGUUCGUCAUGCACGAGGGAUUGUUGUUGGAUGUGCUGGUGCUGGUAAAACAACACUCCUUUACAGACUAAUGGGAAGAACUCCUCAGGAAAUAGACGAAAUAACGUCAACAAGAGGACUUCAAAUCUACGAAUAUGUAUUUACAUUAAAAGAUGGAACCCUAAGAGCUAAAAAAGAACACACUCAAAGCAAACAAUUGAUGUGUUCCAAAGUCCGCCGCUUUCAAGAAGAAAGAAGAAAUAUUUAGUCUAAAUCAAGAUGCAGAUUUCCAUUUAAUGGAUAUUGAGGAGGAUGCUGUCAAUGUUCAAGAGUGUCGAGCAAAUACUAAACCAUUAGCAAUAGAUCUUAAAGACGUAUUGGAUGAAAGGGAAAACGAGACAAGUGUCAGCAUGCUAGAUUUUGCUGGACAAUUUGCUUAUUAUGCAUGCCAUCAAAUUUACAUGAGGUCAUAGGCUUUUUAUACUCUAGUGUUGGAUAUGACUAAAGAAUUUGAGGAUGUCGUAAGCAGUGAAAAAGACGAGCGAAAGGGUUCUGUCUUUUCUACGUGGACUUACAAAGACUAUCUUCGAUUAUGGGUCAACUCCAUCAAAUCGUUCGGUGGUUCUGAUGCAACUGUACUUCUUGUAGCUACACACGCAGAGGGUAAAACUAAGGAUCCGAAGACGAAAUUAUCAAAGACAGGACCACUGUAUCCCUUUUCCAAGACAACGUUUCAAAGAGAUGUGAUGACAAGUCAACUUAAAGCAGAAGUCAGCAGAAGUGUUGGGAUGAUUUACAUCGAUGGUCAUCCUGCAGGGACAGGAUUCCGUGUUGGAGACAGAUAUAUUAUGACUUGUUUACACGUAAUACAGAGCAUUAUUACAGAACAUCGAAAAUUGACGGACCACUCCAGAAUCUUCAUACAAUUUGAGAGGAAGCUUUACCUUCAAGACCGUGAAGAAAAAAAUUCUUUCAACUUUGAACGAUCUGUUCAUUACGUACACGAUGGAUUUGAUGUUGCUCUUCUGGAACUGAAGAAGCAUCACCUUUCAGACGUCGGGUUUCCACCAGCCUUGUCUUCAUUCAGUACAAUUCAGCAGUUUCCUUCAGAGGUACAUCUUAUAGGUCAUCCUGGUGGUGUACAGAUGAAGGAAGACAGCGAAGUUUACCCAGGAAUUAUUGAACCAAAUAAUGAUGUUGACAAAUACAUUGAAGACUUAAGUCAGUGGAGUGUGGGAUAUUUUCCUGAUGGUGUAGACUAUUACAGAGAACUUCGUGAUCCACCAAGGAAAAUCUUAUUCCAUUCAGCGUUUAACCAAGGGUCAUCCGGUUCACCUGGCGUCAUAUUAAGACAACAACGACCAAGUGUGGUUCUCAUCGUAAGGGGCGGUGCUCCAAGUUGUUUUUACGAGAACAAGUUUUCAAACUUGUCAAUAGAAGACAACAAGAAGGUUGAAUAUGGAUAUGCAAUGGAAGAUAUUCAUCAAGAUAUGCGUACCUCACAAAGUGAAAGUAUUAGAAAACUGGCAUCAGAAAUAUUCAAAGAAUGGAUUUAAAACAGUUGUA